AUGGACGCGAGUGAAGAGCUCGAGGAGCGGCGGCGCACGGAGCUAAGUGUAAUUAGCAGUAUUAUGGGUCCUGAUUUUGUGGAGCUUCCACCAAGAGCAUGGCAAAACUCCGCAACGGCGAGCGUCCAGACCUGCGAGCUCGUAUUGCGUCCGGAGCUCGACGCCCACAAAGAGCACGUUUCUGUGGUCGUACAGAUUUCACUCACGAAAAAGUAUCCAAAUGUCCAGCCAACCUGUCAUGUUCGCGUCAAUGAUGCACGAACGCGAGGAGUGCCGCCACAGCAAUUAAGCAAGCUUGAGGAGGAAAUGAAUACUAAAGCACGCAGCCUUCGUGGUACGGAGAUGAUUUGGGAACUUGUCAGCUUUGCCCAAGAGUUUAUCAGCACGCACAAUACUGCGCCUUCAGUUAGUACUGGUGCUAAAUGGAGUCUCGAGGAGCGAAUGCGAAGACGUGCUCAGGCCGAAGAAGAAGACGCCAGGCGGCGCUCUAAGCUCGAGCAGCAGAAACGCUCCGACGAGGAACGACAACGCCAGAAUGAGCUUGCUGACAGAAUUGAGGACGAAACAAGAAAACAGAAGCUUGCUAUCAAGAGUGAAUUAAAACGGCUUCGCGAUACUCCUUUGCCUGUCCGGCCUCCGGCACAAGAGUUGCUCCAGGCAGAACAGUUACAUGCGAUGGAUCAAGUGGUAUUUAAAACAAGCCGCAUCACUCUCGAGUCGCCUGUGUUUGUUUCAGGUGUCCGAGUUGAUCAGGUACAGCGGGGUCCUAUGCUGGACACAGUGCCCCUUGCAAGAAAGUAUAUGACGUUUCCUGUUUUUUCCGAUAUGGACUUUAACACUGUUUGGAAUCUUGAAAUGGUGCCUAUUUCUUCUCAGUACUACCAGAAAAUGGCAGGGAAACGAAAACUAGAGGAUCUUGAGUCCGACCUCACCCGCUUACAACAAGUGGAAUCGGACCACUUGACCAAGUUGAUGAGCUGGGUCUGCAUGGCUUCAUGGCGCUUUGUACCGGCAGCAGCUUCUGGACUUGCAUCGAUCGAAUCCAAUAAGCUCUAUGAAUUUUUAGAACAGUACGCUGAGUCGAAGCACGAAGUGGAUCGGUCAGCUAUAUACCUCUUGCAUCAAAUGCUGAACCGCUCUGAAAAGGGUCGCCUCUCGGCCUCUGCUCUGCUUACUUAUCUGGAUUCUGCUACGGAUACUGAGAGCUUUCCGCCUCAGGAGCACGAGGAGCAGUCAACUUCGCACCGCCAAGUUUCUAUGUCAGCUAUUCUGCCGCCGCGACAGCGUCUUACACCUAGCGGCAUGCCAUACCGUGCACCAGCUGGGAAGAUAAAUUCGGAGCGCAUUGGCUCCUUCUGGCAGCUGCGCAAUACAGCACUACCGACAUUCCAACCGGUAUCACGCUACCUGAGUGACUUUGAAGAGGUCGAGUUUCUUGGAAAGGGUGCUUUCGGUGUCGUUGUUAAAGCGCGGAAUAAACUGGAUGAACGGUUCUAUGCUGUCAAAAAGAUUAGACUCAGCAGUUCCGCCGCUGAGGAAGAGAGAACAAUGCGUGAAAUCAUGGCACUGUCUAGGCUAGAUCAUCCUCAUAUUGUGAGAUAUGUCACUUGCUGGAUUGAGCGAACAGCCGUGCCUAGCUUACCUGCGGGCUCAGAGCUAUCUACAGAGCCAGCGUGGGAUGCCAGCCCCAUGACGACCAGUCAGCAGAUGGAUGCGAGUGCUCUUCAGGCACUGCAUCAUAUGACUCAUGGCAACAUGGACGAUUUUCUCUCGAUGGACAAAGAGAUUAGUUCCGACUCUGACGAUUUUAUCCAAUUCGGCCACCAAGACGAUAUUGAAGAAAGCGACGGGGAGAGCGUGAGCAGCAAUUUUCGUGCUGAGAAGGCCGAGUCGAUUCGCCCCAAAGGCGACCAUCCUGACCACUUUGACAGUUCCGAUGUAUCCAGUGACGACAUACCUCUCUCCUCUGCGGAUCAUGGUGUGUCUGAUUCUUCUACACGCGUUCUCUACAUUCAAAUGGAGUACGUCGAGAAUCAGACCCUGGGAGAUGCAAUUGAGCGUGGGCUCUCUGUUGACCAGGCAUGGCACAUCUUUCGGCAAAUGCUCGAGGCAUUGGCGCAUAUAGCCUCGUUGGGCAUCAUCCACCGGGACCUCAAGCCCAGUAAUGUGCUGAUGGAUGCGCACGGAGAUAUCAAGGUGGGUGACUUUGGUCUGGCAACGACCAACUUGCAUGCUAUGGAUGGAGGGCUGCGAGAAUCUGUCCUCAGCGGCGGGACAACGGAUGUGAAAGAGCUCACAUCCGGCUUAGGCACCUUUUCGUAUAUUGCUCCGGAGGUGCUGUCGAAGCAGGGUCUUAGCACCAAGUACAAUCAAAAGGUGGAUAUGUUUUCGUUGGGUAUAAUUUUCUUCGAGAUGAUCGCCUCACAGCGCUAUUAUACCACUACGAUGGAGCGGUUCCAGCUGCUGCGCCAGUUGCGAAUGCCCCAGAUCGAGUUCCCUAAAGGCUGGGAUCGUACACGCUUUGCAGCACAAACUGAGAUCAUACAACAGCUGCUCGACCACGACCCUGCGAAACGGCCUACACCCAUGGCGAUGCUGCGCUCACCACUACUGCCACCCAAAAUGGAGGAUGAGUUUGUGCAAGAGCUACUACGCCUGGCUGCGAAUCCUACCAGCGUACACCGCCACGAGCUCAUCAAUGCUUUAUUCUCGCGCACACAGACAGAUCGAAUCCGCGACUUUACUUUUGAUACGGGUGCCCAGGGCGACGAGGAUGACGUCUUGGUAGGUGUGGUUUGCCAGCAUUUGCGUCAAAUGUUCCAGUGUCGGGGCGCUGUGCCUGUCCAUCCGCCGCUAUUAUUCCCACCGAGUGAUGUGUACGGUGACGAGAAAAACAUCGUCAAGCUUUUGGACAAAAGCGGUAAUGUCGUCUUCUUGCCGUUUGAUUUAACCGUCCCUUUUGCACGAAUUUGUGCACGCAGCGGGCAUAUGCGUUUCAAGCGAUUUGACAUCGCGGAUGUGUAUCGUGAGAAUCUACUGGCUGGUGGACAGCCGCGUGCUGUGCUUGCUGCCAGCUAUGAUAUCGUUUCACAAGUGCGCGAGCCUGCUGCCGAAGCAGAGAUUCUUGGCGUCAUCGACGAAAUUAUCCGUAUUCCUGGCUUGGCUGGCGAGCGCUGGGCCAUUGAGCUUAGCCAUGAGUCUCUCCUGCAAACGUUUUUAAAUCGCUUCCCAAAGCGCUUCCAUGAAGCACUGCUUAUGUCCUUGCCUAGUAUUCUGGCUAAAGGCACGGAGAUUCGCGCUCGUCAGCAGCUACUGCAAGCCGGUCUCACACCUGCCAUGCUCGAAGAAUUGGAUGGUUGGAACGUACGGAACGAUUUUGACAGCAGCGUUACGCAAUGGGCUGCCCUCUUGUCGCCAACAGAGCGCUCUCUCGUCGCUGAGUCACUCGCAUAUUUAUCGCAGGUCACGCGGCUCAGUCAGUUCUUGGGUGUCCAGACACCCAUCUUCUUUACGCCUUUGUUAAGUCACAAUCACGCCCAUUACCGAGGUGGUGCAAUGAUCGCUGUGACACGCAUGACCAAUGCGACUAAGCAGCGGGACGUUCUUGCGGUCGGUGGGCGCUAUGAUGAGCUUCUUCGACGCUUUGCGUAUCCUGGCGACAGCUCUUCUGCGCCCGCCCAUGCGGUGGGCUUACAGGUAUCGGUUGGCAAAAUCGUCAAGGCGCUCGCUAAACACCAACAAGUACACCUCCCGCGUUUGCUUGGCCGACCGGAGGACGAGCGCACAUUAGGUCCAUGGACGCCGCGCCGAUGCGAAUGCUAUGUCGCAUCUAGUCAGCCGGGGCUUUUGGAGGCCAAAUUGCAGCUGUGUCAACUACUCUGGGCGCAUGGGAUCAGCGCCGACGUGCAGUACGAGGAAGCCGCCGGCGAGUCGCCAGAGCUUACAGUUGCCACCUGUCGCUCUGAAGGGAUUUUGUUCUUGGUACUGGUUCGCGCACAUUCGCCCGUACUGAAAGUGAAGGAAGUGCUGACACGCACGGAGCACGAAGUAAACAAGGAAGAGCUCACAGGUGUGCUAUAUGACCGGAUUGCACGCUGGCGCCGCAUUGAUCAGGCUUCUAGUGGACGUGGGCUUGCGCCUGUUGAUCUCGUAAAGCCACCGGUAGUGUCCAAGAGCGCCGGUGCUGCACCAGGUCAUGCACAGGACGUGCAUCUCAUUAUGCCGCACCGUGAAGGUCGCUCUCGUCGGCAGGACCGGCGCAUGAAACCGAGCGCGCGACACGCCCUGGCGGACCGCGCCUCUACCGAGGCUAAGCGAGUUGCAGAGGCUAUUCAUUCAGGCUCACUGCCCGUCUUUGCCGUGGACAUAUCAUCUGCUUUACUUGAGCGGUUCGCCUGCGUAGUGCUGGCGCCCGAUGGCGUAUUUCGCGCAUUCCUAUCAGAUGAGAAUGUGGGCACAGACGAGCGCGAAUACAUGAAACAAAUUCGAGAGCAAAUUCGACAGUCAGUCCAAGGUGACGCACAGCUACACUCAUCCUCGCUUCCUACUACGAGCACAGAUCUUAGCACCAUUACAAAUGCCACCCCGGGACCCGGCGGCAGUUCCCACAGUACGGAAAAGCCAUCGAUAUACCCGUUAAUGGCCCGUGCAUUGAUCUAUUCCCUCCGAGACGGUCGUAUGAUGUUAUGCAAUGAACCUACUCGAGGGUGA